AUGCGCUUCAACAAGAUGCUUUCUGCUACUGCUCUCGCAGCAACAGCAGCAACAACCAUAGCGAGCUCAACUACUUCAAACUGCACAGAGGAACAGUAUAUAGGCCCCGAGAACGGCCACCUGGUAAUUAUAGGCGGGAACCUUUCAAACGAAUCGAUCUACGAGAAGAUCAUAUCACUGGCCGGCGGUCCCUCUGCACCAUUUGUUGUGAUUCCCACUGCAGGUGGCGAUGCGACCUACAACGAGAGCUUUCCAGCCGCUGAGACUUUCCGUCGACUUGGAGCGACGAAUGUCACAGUUCUGCACACUUACGAUCCGGCUGUAGCGGACACGGACGAAUUCAUAGCGCCUUUGAAGGAGGCCGGAGGAAUCUUCUUUGGUGGUGGGCGACAAUGGCGCCUUGUAGAUGCGUACGCUGGGACGAAGUCUGAGAGAGCGUUUCAAGCAGUCUUAGAUCGAGGAGGGGUGAUUAGUGGGAGUAGCGCUGGUGCUAGCAUUCAGGCGAGCUUUCUUGCUCGAGGAGACACAGCCAACAACCAAGUCAUGGUAGGCGACCAUAUCGUAGGAUUCGGGUACCUAAAGAAUGCGGCUAUCGACCAGCAUUUCCUCGUUCGCAACCGACAUUUCGACAUGUUYGAUAUCUUGAAAGUACAUCCCGAGCUUCUAGGCAUCGCGAUCGAUGAGAACACAGCUGCUAUCGUCAAUAAGAAUGAUAUGCACGUCUUGGGCCCAAGCUACUGUGCCAUCUAUGAUGGCACCUUCUAUUCGGAUGAGGGUACAGAAUUGAAGACCCUUCCGCCGAAGGAAUACAGCUUCUAUUUCUUGAGAGAAGGACAGCGAUAUGAUCUGGGAGCGAGGCAGGUUGUAGAGGAUGAAGCACUGGCUGCUACGGGAAGGGAUGAGUUGUAG